AUGCCUCCUAGAAAAUCUGAUCGAGUCCGAGCUAUUGAAGAGAAACUCGGACGACCCUCAUACUCAGAAACCUCCAGGAGAUGUAGCUCAGUCGGUCCCACCUCAGCACGACCUAAUGCAAGAAGAUCAAGCAUUAGAUCAGCUACCACCGACCAUAACGUCGGAAGAGGAGAGACUCCUAAUGUCCCUACACAAGAAAAACUUCAUCAACUGGAGAAAAGCUCAAGAAACGAACCCGAACAAUACCCGGGCAAUCACGAUCUAUCUCAGCUUGUGGAAGAACAGUCACGACAGCUUGACGCUGCUCCUGGGCGAGGAGGAAGUCCUGAAGAGGUCUUUGGGAUGGAAUCCGUACUCCGAAGAACUCAAGUUCAAAGCGAGAACCAACCAUGGCUUCAUAGGCAAGAAUCCGAGCCCUCAACCAGCAUCGCAGCACGUGCCGGAACCAGCGCAGUCCAACUCGUCAGCAGGGCCAAUCCGCAAGAACCAUUAAAAAGCUCAGAAAGAGCCCUAUCAGAAACCAGCUCACGUAGAGGAGGAAUCGGCCAACAUGCAGUCGAUGCUGUCCUUCAGCCGAGCCUACUACCGGGCGAUCAAAGGGAUCAACAAAUCCCAGAAGAGCAAAGGAAAGUCUCCCUUAGUUCCAACCCAAAACCAACCGGGACCGUCCAACCAGUAGAAAAGACCUUCAUCUCUCCUCCCAGUCCGUUUCUCUUUUCACGACGCGUGGCUUAUGAAAAUAAUAAUGAUGUUUUUCGUUCUACUGUCAUGAUGCCUACGCCUGUGAGCGAAACCAGUGUCCCAGUUCAAAAAGUUGUUCACCCCACUACCUCACCUUUAGUACAAAAUGAUGUUACUCCCAUUCCUUUUAGACAAGUUGUGUCUCCUAAAGUCCAUGCCCUCGAGACAAUUUCUACUCCUAUGACAGAGAAUGACAAAAUUGAGAGAGCGCUCAAAAACAAAAACUUGGAGAGGAUCUCUCAAGAAAAUCCAGAGACUAAAAGGAUUGAAACCUCUGUACCCAUGCCUGAGAAUAGUAAGAUCCAGGAGACCUCAGAACAUCUAAGCACUAAGAAAAGUGUUAACUCCCUCCUUCCUAUCACGGACAGUAAGGUCGAAGGACCUACCAAAAGGCAAGACUCUCACAGCGCCGGAAGAACCGUUUCGUUAGUUGAGAAAGAGGAGUUAAGACAUAAAAGAAUAAAAGAAGAUCUUCCUGAGACCGAUAACUCAGUAAUGAAGACAAAGAGCAUUGAAGAAAUACUCCGUGAAACGGAAAACAGGAUUUCACCAUUCCUUUUAGCCGGACCAGUCAAUACUAUGCCACACAAAAUGAGUCCUCUGUCCCCGGACAAAGAGUUUAGUCUUAACAAUAAGUUCUCAGCAUUAAAAAUACACAGUGAGACAAAUUCCCCAAAGUCACAUAUAUCCGUUCCAGACAAGGAAUUCAGGAUACACAAAACGUUGAAAACCGUGCAAUCUCAUAUAGAGAAUAAGCUGGAAGAAACCAUAAAAGCACUGAAUUCAAAGUGGGACAAUAGCGUAGAACUCCUAAAUGAGGAGAUGAAUAUGAACUUUGAAGAGAUUAGGCACAGUAUCCUCCACACAAACAAUAAUAUAGACAUCAGUGCAAUCGCGAUAGUACUAGAUGACCACCAGACGAACAUGGAAAGCAAUAUGCAACUUCUACUACACUCGCACAAGGAACACAGCGAAGUACACCUCAAGCACCUGGGCGAAUUGAUGUGUGUGUUAGGAGAAAAGCUAGAUUCAGCAGCUCAGAGAACAGAAAACAUACACCGAAAUGUAAACCGUCUGAUAUCAUUGACAGAGCGUACACACAACCAGAACCAUAGCGGCACCUACUCACAUAGAGACCACAUACCAAUAGCAAACGAGCCAGAAAUACUGAGCAAUAAUCCAUUUGCUCACGAAUUCCCAGCGAUGCAACAGCCGAUGUUUAGAGAACUCCAUAUUAACGCAUCAACACGCACAGCAAUGGACAAUCCAAAGUCGACCGUAGACGAUAGAAGAUCCAACGAGUCGGUGGGACAAGCCUUGUUAGCCAUCAUCAUGACUCACUCGGCGAGAGCAUGGUACACGAGUAAACAAACGACUGAAGGACCAAGCAGCUGGGCGAGGUGGAAAGAAUUGAUAAAAGACACAUACGGUACCCCAGUAUGGAAGAGGAAAAUGUCCACAGCCUUUGACAGGGAUACCUUCAGAGCAGAACACCGAGAGAAACCUCUCGCAUGGCUCCUACUGCAGAGGAGGCGAAUGGUCGCAGCAUGGCCGUUUCUGACGACCUCAGAUCAGAUUGAUAAGAUUCUGAGUCUAUGCCACGGCGAUAUAGAGCAUGCGGUUCAAUCAAGAAUCAAAGACCAUUCAAACUACAAGAUGUUUAUGGCCAUUUUUGAGGAGGUAGUCACCCACACAUCCAUCGGUAAGCAUAAAACAAGUUAUUCAAAGCGUUUUACUAAUGAGGCGAUAGCAACCUCUGACUACAAGCAGAAGGAUGAUCGCAAAGAACAGAGCUCUAGAGACUAUAGAGACAGGACUCCCGGCACGAACCAUAAGCCUAGGGAUAAACCCUUCUUUAAGAAGGAUAGUGAUCAAAAACCACGAUUCGAGAAGAAAGCGGUUAACACUGUCGAACUAGACGAUAGAGAGACCGAUGUUGAGACCAGAAUCGAGGACGAAGACCAGUCAGAAGCUGGGUCGGAAACGACAGACAAUGAACAGGACAUAUGUAUAGGUAACAUCGAGAUGACCAACCAAGUGCAGGGGAACGGUCAGGCAGACGAAGACUACAAUACAGAUUCUACAGGAAGUGUAAUAGAAGGUGAUAGCCUAUCGCUGGAGGAACUCGCACACAAUCUACACAUAGCAGAAUUUGCACACGUAGAGAGCAACUAUCCCCCUUUUAUCAAAAGACUUGAAAUGGGAACGAUAAACCCAAGUUUAACACUCUCCAUAUCGAUUAACGGCAUCCUGGACUCACUAGUCCUAGAUACGAACAACAUACAAUCAAUCAUGCCGCUAUCACACUUGCGAAUCUACUGCCCUUGA